GAUCGCCGAGGCGUUCGUCGCUCACGACGACGUGAAAUUGGCCGGACUGGGCGCCAAGGACACUCUGAGGCACUGUUGGAAGCCGGUAUGUGUUUGCACGGAUCAGAUAUAAGCAUUGAAACGACGCCGGUCGAAGCUGCGUUGAUGUGGACCAUAAGCCGUAAGAGAAGAGACGAACAACGGUUUCCCGGCGCUUCUGUGAUUCUGAAACAACUGAGCGACGGCGCACAACAUAAGAGGGUCGGUCUCGUACAAAAAUCUCACGGUGCUCCAGUCAGGGGCGGAGCUAUCUUAUUUAAUGCAGUAGACGGUGAAAAAAUCGGUUCGGUGACUAGCGGAUGCCCGUCUCCGACAUUAUCCCAGAAUAUACGAGGUGUGGCUAAUAAAUAACGAGAUUUUCUCUGUAAAAACUUUUUAUUUAUAUUUUUUGAUGGUUUAACAUUUUUCCCCUUCUAUAUACUCCCCUCCAUGUUUGACACAUCGCUCCAUUCUAAUUUUCCAUUGGUUGAAACAGUGUUGGAAAUCCUUUUCUUGCAAUGUCUUUAACAUCUCUGUCGCUUUUGUUUUUAGAGCUUCAACUGACUCAAAAUGUGUGCCCUUUAACGCACUUUUUAGUUUUGGAAAAAGCCAAAAGUUGCAUGGAGCGAGAUCUGGUGAAUAUGGGGGGUGUUGAAGCACUGGAGUUCGAUUUUUAGCUAGAAAUCGCUUUAUAGAUAAGGCACUGUGAGCCGGCGCAUUGUCUUGAUGCAAGAUCCAAGAGUCAUUUUCCCACAACUCAGGCCACUUUCUUCUUACUCGUUCUCUGAGUGUUCUCAAUACUUGAAGGUAAUAAUGUUGAUUCACAGUUUGUCCCUGAGGUACCCAUUCUGUUAUUAUUACACCCUUAAUAUUGAAAAAUACGAUCAACAUGGCCUUCAGUUUGGACGACCCACCCGUUGAUUGUCUUCAUCUUCUUCAAGACCCUCACGAAAUCGUUUGUGCCACUCAAAAACACGUGGUCGUGAUAGGACACUAUCUCCAUAUACUUCAGUUAAUAAAUUAAAACUUUCGGACGCAGAUUUUCCAAGUUUCACUAAAAAUUUUAAAUUAAUACGUUGUUCAAUUUUUUCGUCCGGCAUGAUUUCACAUGACAUUCAACACGUAAGAGGUCAAUUUAAACGACGCUUACACAUAGACUACAAAACGGAAACUGACUAAACUGGUAUUGUUCGAUGCAGUGAUAUUCAUAGAUUACAAAUAUACUACCAUUAUACCCUUAUCUACUCAUGCCUUAUCGCUAAGUAGAUAGUCUCGUUAUUUAAUAGCCACACCUCGUAGCUGUAUGGGUUAUGUAGACAGUAAAUUUGCCAAAAAUGGAACGGAGAUACAAGCAGAGGUCCGAGGACAGAAGAUACCUAUGGUUGUCACGAAAAUGCCAUUUGUGAAAGCAAAUUAUUAUUCAAAACCCAAAAAAUAACAAUUUAAUAUUUAAUUUAUAAUAACAUAACAUAAUAACAUAAUAUUAUCCAUCACAGAGAACUGCGUGAAGUUGACAUUGGUGAAAUAUUUGAUCUAAAAAAAAAGAAUAGAAUAUACAAUUUUAGUGGACAAUGAACGUACCUAAUUAUUAAAUAUUUCUCAUACUUUUUAUU